AUGAGGAACGCCAUUGCUGCCGUUCUCUCUGCACGGAGCCCCUUGCCACAGAUUUACACGCCUGCCAACACUUCGUCCACAGCUACUUCUACGGAGGCAACAACGACACUUCCCGAGGCGAUUACAUCGGUCAGCAUUGGAGUUAAUACUCUCUACGGGGAGAACGGCUCACCAGUCUCUACCGCUUCUGCAUUGACCGCAGUCACCUAUACCCCAGCAGUUGUCAUCCUGACAGAGUCUGAACCUUCCCUCGCGACAACGACUCGUGUCAGUGUGCCCCUCUCUGGGGCAGAUGCUGGUCCCAAUAACACCAGUUAUACCCUGGUUGAAAUCACCUAUACUCCAGUGUAUAGUGUUUUAGUCGCACCUACUUCAGAAUCUUCAGUCGCGUCUACCUCAGAAUCAACCUCCACCACCAGCACGCCAACAUCUUCUGAUGCGGCAGCUAGUAACAGCAGUGCGCCAACGUCAAGUACCAGCUCGCAGGUCAUCGUUCACGAUUCAGGCCGUGGUUUGUCUGACGGAGCUGUCGCGGGUGUAGCUAUUGGCUGUGCAAUUGCCGGCGCCCUCAUUGCACUCGGUGUGCUCUUCCUCCUGAUGGGAGACCGGCUCAGGAAGAGGCAUUACCCUGGUGCCGCCUCGUCGCCGGCACAUUCCCGCCAUGCAAGCUCUAAGAAGCCUGGUUAUCUGAAUAGUACACUGCGCCAUCCCAAGGGUGGAGCUGUCGAGCGAUCUGUCGAAGAAGUCACGGCAGAAGCCGUGCUGGAGCAACCCAAGGACGAUGCCACUAUCAAACAAACCGUUGCGGCCCUGUUCAAGGCCAUAGAAGACCACGCAGACAACUAUUAUGUCGAUACGGCUGCGAGGAGUGACCGCCAAAAAGAGCCCGCCACUCAGUCCACCCAUCCACCCAGUGGCAUCACGGCUCAGAGCAACGUGGACUUUGAAGCCCUGCUGGCUGACCGAUUCUCUCGGUCCUCAGCCAUUACCGGGCUCAUUACAGCACAGAUCUUGGACGCGAUUGACUUCUUUGGUGUGACCGAGAGAUCUUUGUUGCCAGAAAUUAUAACGAAGUUUCUGAGAUCUUCCGCAGAUAAAUUCAAAGAUGACCAAAGAAGCCGGUUGAUUCUCUCGAGAUGGAGGACCAGCACUGCAGCCCUUGUCGGCUCCGUGGACUCGCCCGAGCGAAGAGCACAUUCGCAGACUGCCAUCGACGCCCUGAUCACUGACGUGGACUCCAUUGUGGGAACCUACAUCCGACCAGAAACGGAUAAAGACAGGCACCAGCACCUGGUCAAGCUCUGUAAGCGAGGUCAGGAGCUGGGCCUGUUGUUGCUAUCGCAGCCCACAGAGUGGAGAUUUUACUGGAGCGACGCCGCCAACGCACGGAGAGCAGCGUCCCAGACGCAACGGGGCGAAAAGGGCAGGAUGCAUGUGUUCGUGAUCCAGCCCCAGCUUCGAAGAGUCACGGACCAUGUCGCCCGCAAACUAGACCGACCACUCAUCGUCCUUGAGUGUCAGCUUCUGCAGUAG